GGAGGAGAGUGAAAGAUCUCUGCGAUUCUGUUCCGCGAUGCCUCAGCAGCCCACCCCUGUCGCGCCGAAGGCUGUGCAGCCGUCCCAGUCGCCCAACGCAGUACCGCCGCAGCAGAUUCCCAACCACGCAGGGAUGCACCCAACACCCAUCCCCAACCACGCUGGCUUCGCCAGCGCACCACCCCAGCACCAGAUGGUCGGCCAGACAGCCACAGCAGCUGAUGCGCCAACUCCUAACCCCGCGAUGGCGCUGGGCAGCCCUGACCCCUUCAUCGCUCUGUCAGGUCAGAAUGGGAAGCGCAGGGACGUCCGAGAUGGAUGGAUGGCACAUGACACGUGUGUGUGCGUGCGUGUCUGUGUGUGUGUGUGUGUGUGUGUGUGUGAUGCCACCCUGCAGGUAUGAACAAGGUGCAGGUGAGUGAGAAGGUGCGAGCCCUCGAGGCCGUCAUCGGAUGGGAGCAGAACAAUGUGUAAGCCACGCAAGGCAGCCAGUGAGUGAAUGAAUGAUGCGACGGGCCAGCGACGUAUAGGCAGGCAGGCGCACGUGGUGUGUGUGUGUGUGUGUGUGUUUCUGUGUGGCUGUCUGUCGUGUGCGCGUCAGGUUUCGCAUCAAGAAUGAGUUUGGUGCUGACGUGAUGGUGGCCAAGGAGGAGACCGAGUGGUACAAGAGGAACUGCUGCCUGUAAGCACACCACACUGACUGACAACACCACUGACAGACAAGCUGUGUAUUGGCUGGCUGAUUGCUUUGUUAACCAUCUUCAGUGGUGACUGCCGUCCGUGGGACGUUGAUGUCGCUCUCUGCCCGGUGGCUGGCGCACCGCCCGCGCCCUUUAUCCAUCUGCAGCGGAAGUGGUCCCUGACCUGCUGCUGCAUCGGACGGCCAAAGGUCACCGUCACCGACGUCACCACAAGUGAGGGAGGGCAAGAGUGCAGCCAGAAGGAAGGAGUUAAAGAAAUGCCUGUACGUAUUUGUUGUCGCCGCUCAUGUGUGGGUGGGUGCAGAUCAGAAGUUGGGAUCGGUGUCUGACCCGUGGCACUGCUGCGAUGUCACCUUCGUCAUCAGGGACCACCAGGGCCGCAAGAUAAUGCGCGUGAGGGGCGGCGGCUGCCAGUGCGGGUGGUGCUGCCACUGUCCAUGCGGUCAGCCAGCAGACAGACGGGCCAGGCCACAAAACACACCCCAAACACACACGCCACACGGAUGUCUCUCUCUGCGUGUUCAGGUCCGUGCCGGAAGAUCAAGUUUCCCGUCUUCGACGCCAAGACGGGCAGGGAGAUUGCGUCCAUCAGACACGUCAGCCCAGCCCUGACAGACCGAUAUCACUCACGACACGCAUCCCCAUGGGAUGGGCGUGUGUGUCGUUGUCUGUCUGUGUGUCAGGAGUGGGGCGGGCUGUUCAAGUCGAUGUGCACCGACGCCGACGACUACUGGAUUGACUUCGGUGAGGUGCAGGACCCCCGGUGGAAGAGCCUCCUCAUCGCCACGGCCCUGUUCCUCGACUUCCGCUACUUCAGCAGAGGGGCCGACGGGCUGGCCGCCUGAGUGAUCUGUGUGUGUGUAGUGGGCGGCUCUCGCACCGUCCUUGUACCUGUAUAUCUAUCUCCGUGUAGAGGUCGGCAGAUGGCCAGUGAGUGAGGUGGUGUGAUUGAUGUGCGGAUGCGGGGCCUGCAGUGUUCUUUAUCAGUCAGUUGUGAUCGAUAUCCUUUUAAUUAAAUGGCAGAAGGGAAGGCAUCACGGUGUAGAGUUGUGAGCCCGUGUGUGUGUGUAUUGUUUUAUCAAGGCGGGUCGCUCCGAAGGAUAGUGAAGGAGUGUUUGUCUGGUGACUUAUUUCUUCGUCUGGGGUGGGUGUCGCCUUCACUUUUUAUCACAUGGCGCUGUGCUGUGUCUAGGAGACUCACUGGAUGACGCAAAGAGAACGAAAUGAGGGACCAACUGGCUGGGAGGGGAGAAUGAACCAAAUCCAUUACACUAAUGGAAGAGUCAAUCAAUCGUCCAGG